AUGAGUAAGGGAGUUGUGCGGUUCCACGACUCACGGGAGAAGCCGUAUGGGGUUUUCAGUCCCCUUUCGCCUCACCCAGUGACCAUACAUCACACGCAGUUCCCCUCGUUGCAUCAUUAUUUUCUGACGGAGCGGUUUGGAGGUUUACCCGACGCGGCACCAUUUCAGUCGGCGGCGUCGGUAUGGGAGUUAGACCGCCUUGUGCGCGUUGCAGAGAGGGAGGGUCGGCAGCGGGGCGACUGGGACAGAUUAAAAGUAGAUGUGAUGUUGUUAGGAAACUACAUGAAGUUCAAACAAAAUGAAAACGCCCGGGAAAUUCUGAUGAACACCGGAACCAGGCUGAUUGUCGACCACACGGAGGAAGACGAUUUUUGGGGAGACGCUGGCGAUGGGACGGGACACAAUUUACUUGGGGUCAUUCUGAUGGCAGUGCGUGACCGCUUGCAUCGCGAGGCCUCGGCCAGGGCACGUGCAAGGGCUUAG